AUGGCUGAAGUAUAUCAGUACGCGCUGCUCGUGGAGUUUGAACAAAAUCAAGUUCCUAAACUGAGGAAUAAGUUGACAAAGUAUUUCCAGAGCAAGAAGCUGUCCUGCGGAGGAGACUGUACCGUGGAGCAUGAGAGCGGCAGCCGGACAGCGGUGCUCAGGUUCCGGGCAGAACAAGACCAGAGGAAUGUUCUGGAAAAACAGUCCCACCAGCUCCAACUGGGACAAGGAGAGCUCCACCUCACUGUGCGCCUCAUGUCACACGGACAGGAAUCUCCCGCUGAUAAGAAAGGCAAUAAAACCCCUCCUUCCACAGACGUCCACACACACAGAGCUCCAGGUGGGGGUGAUGGAGAGAUGCCUGCCUCUGUGCCCAGCUCCAGUGCUCCUCUGGUGGGCUCCUCUCCCUCAGACCUGCUCCUCCCCACAUCCUGCCUCCUGGGGAAUGUCCCUAUAGACAUGACCCAGGAGUUUGUGGAGAUGUUGGUGGAGAACAUCAUGAAGAGAGCAGAGUCUGCAGCUCCAGAGGGAGUUACGGUGGAGAUGAUCCCGGCUUUAAAAUCCACUGUGGUCACCUUCAAGACCCCGCAAGAAUGCAGUGAGUUUGUGGCGCGCUGCCCUCAGAACAGAACCUUUAAAUCCAAGUCGUUGGAGGUGAGAGCUCUGGAGCAGACCAGGCAGGUUCUUCUGGAGGACACAGUGGACGAGGAGCUGCUGAGGCUGUACUUUGAGAAGGAGGGAGUGGAGCUAGAGACGGCAGAGGUCCAAGAGAAGCAGCAACGCAUGGUGCUCACAUUCCCUACCCCUGCUGAUGUGCUCCGGCUGCUGCAGAAGCAUCACCAGCUCCGUAAGAAGCAGCUGAAGCUUUACCCGUUUUACCAGAGCUUGGGCCGGGCUCUGUACGGUGCAGACAGACCCCCCCUCCGGCUGCCCGCUCCUUUGUGCGAGUCCACAGAUCCGGCUCUCCUCCGGUUCUUCUCCAGCAGGACCUCGCUCCUUCAGGGCCUCCGCUCACAGCUGCAGACUCACUGGUGCCAGCUAGAACUCAACCGGGACUCUGUGAGCCUGAGUCCAGAGCCUCAGCUGCUGCAGCAGGAGGAGCAGGUGAUCGGGGACUGGACUGAGACUGUGAGGUCGGUUCUGUCCCUGUUCAUGUCGCAGUUUGAGGUCUAUAAGUUAAACCCUCCUCCUGAUCUGUGGAGGGAAAGUCUGGACAAGAUCUCAGCUCUUCUGAAAAACCAAAACCAGGUCCUGAUGGUGCCAGACGAGACCAACGGGAUCCUAAAAGUCGUGGGACUCAAAUCGGACAUCUCCAAACUCAAAGAACAGCUCUGCGACUCCAUUAACUCGCUCAUAAAACGGGCGCGCAGAGAGAAGACGCAGGUCAUGGACCAGAUUGACAUCCCAAUAAACAUCUUCAAGCUACUUUCCCAAGACGGCCUCCUACAGAAGCUCCAAAGUGUCUACCCAGAGAUCAAAUUCGACAUGCACGGACCGUUUCCAAAAGUUACCGGGCUAACAGAAGAGAUCGUCGUCAUAAAGAGUGAGAUUUAUAAAGAAAGGUCUGAGCUGGAAAGUCAAAAUUUAGAAGUAGACAGUUAUGUGCUGGAGUUUUUAAAAUCAGGUGAACAGGAGGUCCUGAUGAACGCACUGCUGACACAGAAACAUGCGGUUUUGGACAUCUCCGGAAAUCGAAUCAAGCUUUUGGCAUGUACGAGGAAAGACGUGACAGAUGCAGAGGAGUAUUUUAAGUCGGUGCUUGUUUCAAAAUAUGUCAGCGCUGAGGAUAGUAACGUGCUGCAGACGAUCGAAUGGCAAUCACUGGUGGAUGAACUCGAGAAACAUGAAAAUGAAGGAAACAAGAAAGUCCAGAUUAGGGAAGAGAAAGACCAAGCUGUAGUGUCUGGGUUCAAAGAAAAUGUGAUGAAGGUUAGCCUAGAGAUUGACUAUUUCUUAAAACAAAACGCUCAUAUUCAAGAUAGUGUUGUCAUUAACCCUAUCGCCAAACUAGAAUACCUCCAACUCUUCUCGAAGCCAAAGAUAGAUGCUAUGAAAGAUAAAGUGCAGGUUUCAUUUACAAAGGAUGGCGUUUCUCUGAGUGGCGCGAGAGCCAGCGUCGAAGAGUGUUCAGAUUUAGUCAAGAGUUUGGUUGCGUCUGUCGCCUUUGAAUCACUCAACGUCGCCAAACACGGGGCUAGGAAGAUAUUCGAGGACAAAGAUGACAAUUACCUGUCGAUUAUUGCCGAUAAAACAGGCUGUUUGUUGAAGAUAGUGGAUGUUGUUGAUGCUAAACAAAAUACUCCUUUAGGUAGCCUUUCACCAAACUCGGUUUACAUGAUCAAAAUGCCCAAUGGAGUGGAGAUCGUAGUUUCUAAAGCAGACAUGUGCAGCUACCCAGUGCACACUGUCGUUAAUGCGACAGUGGAAGACUUACAGCUCACCCAAGGACUGUCUGCUGCACUGUUAAAUGCCGCAGGCCGACAGCUACAAGUGGAAUGUGAUAAGAUAAUAUUAACAAAAGGGAAGCUCAAACCAGGAGAGUGUGAAAUAACGAAGGCAGGUGGAAGUCUGCAGUGCCAAAACAUCAUCCACACGAUCGGGCCUCAGUACGACAGGCAAAAUGUAGCAGAAUCCCACAAGCAGCUGAAGACGGCGGUGACGAGGAGCCUGGAGCUGGCGGAGCAGUCCCAGUGCAGCUCCAUCGCCAUACCAGCGAUUAGCCGAAACCGACACUUUCCGCUAAACGAGUGCGCCCAAACCAUUGUGAAAGCCGUCAAAGAGCACUGCGAGAAGAGACACGGCUGCCUGAAGAGCGUCCAUUUUGUGAACAAUGAUGACGUGGCGGUGAGAGCGAUGGAGGACGCCGUGAAGAUGGAGUUUGGAGGAGGAGGAAUCAGUCACAAAAUAGCCGCUGUUCCUGCUUCUUCUAAAGCGGCCUCGGCUCCGUCAGCGUCAGCUCCGUCAGCGUCAGCUCCGUCAGCGUCAGCUCCGUCAGCGUCAGCUCCGUCAGUGUCGACUUCGGCUCCGGUCGACCAAAACUCUGUGGGCAAAGAGCUGACCAAAGAGGGAGUGGAGAUCUGCAUCCUCAAAGGGAACCUGGAGAAAGCUACGACGGAUGUUAUAGUGAACACAUUAGCACAGGACUUGGUUUUGUCUCGGGGGGCGGUCUCCUCUGCCCUCCUGUCCGCUGCCGGCCCCUCUCUCCAGACCAUGGUUCAGACUGUGGUCCAGACCCAACUGAACCAGACCGGGCAGAACCAGUUGGCUGUGGGGGACCUGAUCGUCACUGAGGGUGGAAACCUGAGCUGCCUGAAGGUCUUUCACGCUGUGGCUCCUCACUACAACCAGGGACAAGGCAACGAGCAGAAGCUGCUGAGUGACCUCUUCGGAGCCUGUCUGUCCAGAGCAGAGGCCCUGGGGAUGUCCUCCAUCUCCUUCUCCGCGAUGGGAACUGGAAAUCUGGGCUUCUCCAAAUCUCUUGUCUUCUCCCUUAUCAUGGAGAAAGUCCUGGAGAUCAGCAAGAAAAAGCCCAAGGCCCUCAAGAAGGUCCACGUGGUGCUGUACCCUAAAGACACAGACACCAUACGGGUUUUCAGUGAUGAGUUUCAAAAGAAGUUUCCAAAAGCAGGAGGCUCUUCUACAGCUGCAGCAGCGCCCUCUGGAGGGCCCUUCUCUAAGGUCGUGUCCUCUGCUUCGAUGCAUGAGGCAAAAAUGGGUGGAGUGUCAGUGCAGGUGGUCACCGGUGACAUCACCAAAGAAACCACUGAUGUCAUCAUCAACUCGUCCAAUGAGAACUUCUCCCUCAAAUCAGGAGUGUCUAAGGCCAUUCUGGAGGCAGCCGGACCUGCUGUGGAGAGCGAGUGUCAGAGCCUGGGAGCUCAGCCAAACAACGGUUGGAUCCUGACGCAGCCGGGGAACCUCAAAUGUAAGAAGAUCCUUCACCUGGUGGGACAGACCAAUCCCACCAAGAUCAUCGCCACCGUACGAGACGCUCUGCUCACCUGCAUCAAGCACUCUUUCACCUCUGUCGCCUUCCCCGCCAUCGGCACAGGUCAGGGGAACGUGGCGGCGCGGAAUGUAGCAGACGCCAUGCUGGACGCGGUGGUGGAGGUUCUGAGUAAAAACCCAAACACUUGUCUGAAGACCGUGAGGAUGGUGAUCUUCCAGCCACAGAUGCUCCGAGAUUUCCACGACAGUCUGCAGCAGCGCUCCGCCUCCAACCCCACGCACACACACACGCACACAGACAAGACCAAGGAGAGCGGCAUGCUGGGAAACCUGGCCUCCAAGAUCAAAUCGUUCUUUGUCUCCUCGUCACCGGAAAAGACCCAGAAGAACUCAGACUUUGUGAUGGAAGCUCUGAAGCCCACUCUCAUCUGCUUCCACAUCUGUGGAGAGUCUGUGGCUAAAAUCAACUCAGCCAAACAGAGGAUUGACUCUCUCCUGUUCAAGAAUCUCCAAAGCAUCAACUUCGAAGACAAGACCAUCCUCAGUCUCUCCCAGAAGCAGCUUAAGCGUCUGGAGGAGCUGCAGAGGAGCAUGGAGGUGGGGAUCAGGGUGGAGGGGAAGAAUGGAAAGGGGAGCGUCCACAUCGAGGGGGUGGCCAAGGACGUGACCAGCGCCACCACACUGAUCCAUGAGAUGCUUAAGGCGGCGCGACAGGAGGAAGAACUGCACCAGAAGGCGGAGCUGCUGAGUUCACUGGUGCAGUGGCAGUACGCCAUGCCCGGGCAAGACUUCCAGAGCUUCGACGCGACAACGAAUUUAGAGCUGGAGGAGGCUCUGGGGAUGAAGAAGAGCGAAGUGAAAGUGAAACUAAAUGGACAAGACGUGACAGUGAAACUGCCCAAAGGACCUGCGACGAGCAAGAGCGGACAGAGUCUGAAGAUCCAGAGGGUCAACAUGGACAGAGAGCUGCCUGAGUACUGGGAGCCCAUGGACACCACCUCCACCAAAGUCUUCACUGUGGCCCCUGGGAGCCCCGAGUACAGCAGAGUGGAGCAACUGUUCAAGGCUUCAUGUAACAAGAAUAUAAUCAAGAUCGAGCGAAUCCAGAACCAAGUGCUGUGGGAGAGUCUGCAGCUCAAGAGGAAAGCGAUGGACCAGAAGAACGGACACCAGAACAACGAGAGACAACUGUUCCACGGCACAAGCCACGACACUAUUGCCUUGAUCAAUGAGCACGGCUUCAACCGCAGCUACGCCGGCAAGAACGCCACGGCGUACGGAAAAGGCACGUACUUUGCGGUGAACGCUCAGUACUCGAGUAGUGACACAUACUCCCGCCCCAACACCUCAGGUGAGAAGCUCAUGUACCUGUGCUCCGUCUUGACCGGAGACUUCACUACAGGGACCUCAACAACGAUAGACGCUCCUCUGAAGAAGGCUGGCUCCCCUGAGAAGUUCGACAGUGUGGUGGACAACAUUCAGAAUCCCUCUAUGUUCAUCAUCUUCCACGACAGCCACGCCUACCCCGACUACCUCAUCACCUUCAAAUGAGUUUAGACCUGGUGGAGAUCUGAUGUAGACCUGUCUGUCCUAUCUUAGUCCUGGUUUAACAAUAGAUAGUACAUCACUGGAACUGUUAAGGCCAGUGCACACCUAACAACUAAGAGCUGUAAACACUGGGCCCUCUGCACACACUGUGGCCCCCCCUCUACACACACCAUGACCCCCCCCUGCACACACCUUGGUCCCCCUCUGCACACACCUAUGGAGCUUCUCACUGAUAGAAAUGCUCAAGUGCUGUUUUAAGUGCACUUAUCAAUAUAAUAAUGUUUACUCUAUGUGUUCUUUUCAGUGGUCACUUUUGAUGCUUAGAACAUGUUCACAAAUGUAUUUUAGCUUCAGUCAAGGUUUUGUUCUGGUUUAGUCCUGUUUACUUUAGUUUAGUCCUGGUUUAGUUCUGGUGUAGUCCUGGUUUCGUCCUAAUUCAGUCCUGGUCCUGGUUUCGACCUGUGAUCAUCUCUCCACAGCACUGCCUGUGUUCAUAUGAAGGACUUAUUGUAAUGUUUUUGUCUUUCUUACUGAAAUGUUGUGAAUUUAAUGAUUAAUCUGCUGCUUUUAAAUACAUUAUUGUAAAAUAAAGACACUUCAUGCGUCUUUAAUUCUUGGAUAUUUUCAUUAAAGGUGCUGCACCUGA